GUUCAAUUUCUGUGCAGAAAAGUGAAUAGGCUGCAUUAAAAGGGAGAUUUGAUUUUCUUAUUAAAUCUUAAAUAAAUUAAAGUAUCUUUAUGCUAAGAACUAGUGCCGGUACUACAACAAUAAGUAGGCUACGAGCUGAUUGGGUGGAACAAGACUGCUAAAGGUUAUUCUAAAAGUGUCGGAGAACAGCUCCAGGACAAUUAACUGGCACAACCAGAGUAGGAGAUCUGCAAACGUCUACACAAUAUUUGUGCUAUGGUUAAAAGAAUUACAAAGUACUGAAUGCCGUCUGCAGUUCACCCAUUAAAGAUUCACCUCCUCUAACAAAGAAUGACGCUACAGUACGAGGACAUUAUUGAAGAGAUCAACCCGUUCGGACGUUACCAGAAGACUGUCCUGUUUCUUAUAUGCCUGCCAGUUGUUCCGAUAGCCAUGCAGGCAGUUAUAACAGUCUAUACUCUGGGGACACCCAAACACAGAUGUGCCAUACUGGGUGACCCUAACGACACGUACGAUCGUACAGACCUAGGAUUAUUCAACGAUUCCAUACCUCCUGACGUUGGAGACUGCUAUCUUUAUGACAGAAAUACAAGUACCGGUAACAAGACACUGAAGACAUGUGAAAGAUGGGUUUACGACAAAACCAACUUUGACGAAACGCUUGUCACUAAGUUCAAUUUUGUGUGUAAGGACGAAAUGAAGAAAUCUUUGGCUCAAAUGUUUUACAUGUUGGGCAGCUUCCUUGGGACGUUCAUCUUUGGUCCACUUGGGGAUGUCAUCGGGCGUAGGCUAAUUAUGAUAACAUCUGGACUUAUUUAUGGUGUCGCCAGUACCUGUGUGGCCUUCUCAAUGUCCCUGACCUUUUUAUGUAUAAUAUCACUGGUCAACGGGUCAGCCUGUACAGCGUAUUAUAAUGUAUUGUAUGUUCUGGGGCUAGAACUUGUUGGUCAAAACAACAGAAUUCUAGCUGGAACUGUUAUUGUCUCAUUCUUUGGUAUUGGUAUCAUCCUACUUCCGGUCAUGGCUUAUUUCCUGCGUGACUGGAAAACGCUACAGUUGGCAGCAUCAGCUUGGGUUAUUGUAUUUGUACUUUAUUAUUGGUGUGUUCCGGAGUCUCCAAGAUGGCUAAUUAGCAAAAAAAGAUUUACAGAAGCUGACGCUAUCCUCCAGCACGCAGCCAAGGUCAACAAGAGGUCAAUGACAGGAAGAAAGGAGUGGGCGGAGAUUGCUCAGGUGAAUGAACCGUUCUGGAAGAUCGCGACACAUCGCAUCUUAGUUAUACGAACUACAAUCAUCUACUUUAACUGGGCAGUGUGUAGCAUGAGCUACUACGGGAUGAGCCUCAGCGUGGGCAGCCUGUCUGGGUCAAUCUUCCUCAACGCUGUCCUGUACGGCCUCGUGGAGCUGCUCUCGUACAUCAUCUCCUACUUCUUACUGGACAGAAUAGGACGCAGGAGACUUCACAUCGGCUUCAUGGUCAUCACUGGACUUUCCUGCUCCGUAUCCUCCCUGCCCACACUAUACGGAGGUUACAGUUGGUUGACUAUAAUUCUGGCUACUAUUGGCAAAUUUGGCGUGUCUGGUGCUUAUGCCAAUAUUUGGCUGUAUUCCGCCGAAUUGUUCCCCACAGUACUGAGGAGUAGCGGUCUGUCGUCUGGUUCAUUCUUCGCGAGAAUUGGCGGGCUUAUCUCCCCUUUUAUUGCCAAUAUAGGCACAGGACGUGGAGGAAAUUUAGAAAAACUGAUCCCACUUUUUAUUUUUGGCGCUUUGUCGCUCGUGGCAGGAUUUUCUGCUUACUUUUUACCGGAAACAAAGAACAGGCGACUUCCGGAAACCAUAGAAGAUGCCGUGGCUUUUGGAAGGAGCAACGUUCUUCUGAACACAAUGGACACGGUGGAGACUGGCUGAUGGCGUCACUCAAGCACUGCUGUUUAUCAGUUUGUGUGUGAGUGUGUGUGUGUGAAGGAGGGGGUUAUUGUAGGUAGUGCAUUUCGAGUUCGUUCACCGUACUAAGCUGACACGCACUAUACCGUAACCUAAUUAAAAUGUUUGUUAUUUUAA